AUGGCCAAGCCCAUCGUCCUGCAGCUCGGCGACGACAUCCGCUGGAACCAUGACCUCUACAAGGAGUUCGAGGCCAAGUUCGACGUGCGCCGCUCCUACAGCAUGUCACGCACCGAGUUCAUCCAGGCCCUGAAGACCAAGGCCUUUGGCGACUUCAUGGCCAUCUACCGCCCGUUCUGGAACACGGGAGGCGAGAUGGGCAACUGGGACACCGAAUUGGUCUCGCUGCUGCCCGCGUCGUGCAAGAUCUACGCCAGUGCCGGUGCCGGUUUUGACUGGGUUGACACUGAGGCUCUCGCCCGUCGAGGAAUUGUCUACUGCAACGCUGCCGCCGCCUGCACCGAGUCUGUAGCUGACGCCGCCAUCUGGCUCAUCAUCUCGACUUUCCGCCUGCUGUCCUGGUCCGCCGUUGCCGCGAGGUCAGGCGACAAGGACCAGUUCGUGGAUGCUAACCGCAACCUGGCGCCCGUGUCCCGGAACCCGCAGGGCUUCAGCCUGGGCAUCAUUGGCUUUGGCCGUAUUGGACGCCGCAUCGCCGAGAAGGCCUACAAGGCUCUUGACAUGAAGAUCCUGUACAACGAUGUCGUGCAGGCCCCCAAGGACGUCGAGGCUCCUCUCGAGGCUGUCUUCCACAAGAGCUCCGACACUCUUCUGGCCGAGGCCGACUGUGUCCUGGUUGCGACUCCAUUCGCCGGCGAGGCUCUCCUCAGCAAAACCGGCCUAGCAAAGAUGAAGAAGGGCGCCCGACUGGUCAAUAUUGCGCGUGGCAAGCUCAUCAAUGAAGCCGACCUAGUCGAGGUUCUACAGAGCGGCCACCUUUCUGCCGCGGGUCUCGAUGUUUUCGAGAACGAGCCUCACAUCAGCCCCGAGCUCGUCAAGAUGAAGAACGUCGAGCUUCUGUCCCACAAUGCGGGUGCUUCAUUGGACUCGCACAUUGGCUUCGAGAAGCUGGGCAUGGAGAAUAUCCUGUCCUUUGAGAAGACUGGCAAGGCUAUUUCACCUGUCAAUGUUCACCUGAUUAAGCCAAGCCGACUGUAA